AUGUCUGCUACCCAGAACCUCCACUCUUUCAACCCCUUUGCUGAUGGAAGUAAGGGUGACGAGCUGCUUCCUGCUGACACCAAGGAUUAUAUCCAUAUAAGAACUCAACAGAGAAACGGCAGGAAGAUCCUUACUACUGUCCAAGGGAUCGCUGAUGAUUACAAUAAAAACAAACUAGUGAAGGCAUUUAAGAAGAAAUGUGCCUGCAAUGGUACUGUAACUGAGCAUCCAGAAUACGAAGAAGUCAGUCAGCUACAGGGUGACCAGCACAGGAACAUACACCCGUUCCUGGUGGAGACCGGACCGGCUAAGGGCGACCGGCUGGAGGUUCUCGGGUUUUAA